CGGAAAGAGAGACAGACGGGGAUGACUGACGGUAGAAUGAAUACUAGGAAGGAUAUGUGGGAUUGUCGCAGCUAGCCCCUUCUUCUCUGCACUUGUGUGUCUGUCCCUUACUUAGGCGGAUGGAUCUACCUACACGUGUGCACACGCACUCUACGCCCCACCAGAGCACCCUCUUGUGGUAUGUCUGUCUGUCGUCUCUGUGUGUGGUGUCAUCGAUGGAGUCGACCGAUCAGUCGUCCUCCUCCUCGGCUCCGGUGCUCGCGUCCUCCAUCUCGGCAUCACUCUCGUCGCUCUCCUCCUCGUCCGACGGCUCCUCGUCGGUGUACACCUCCACCUUGAGGGACUCGUCGACGGCGUCCUCGAGGUCGGAGGACCUGCAUGCAUGCAUGCAAGAGAAAGAAAAAGCAUGGCAUGCAUGCAUGCGCACUCGUCAGGUGGGUGCAUCCACAUUGCAUGCAUUCCUGUGUGUCUCCUUGUGGCGUUCGGUGGAUGGAUGUCUUACUCGAACUUGUCGAUAUCCAUUUCGUCCAGAUCGAAGGGUCCCGCUAUCAACUCCCCGCGCUUGCCGUUGCCCUUUCUGUCCCACAGGGUGGCCUGGAGGUACGUUUUCUUGUUGGUGGUGCCCACCACGACCACCUCGCCCCUCCGCCACUCAUCCCGCCGGCCUCCCUCGAACCACCAGGCCUCCCCCCACCUCGCCGGGAAUGUGUACGUCAUCGACAUGUGUGUUGCAGUAGUCAGGUCGUCUGCUGGGAAUGAGAAAUGCGCAGCUUCUGCCUUCGCCGGUAAACAUCCCCCAGUUGAUGAAGUUUU